CUAUAUUCUUUGGUUGACUAUCUCCCGCCUUGGGAUGGGCGGGAGAGCGUGUCAGACUUUUACUGACUAAGAACCUACGGUGUUCCCAUCCUUUGCCUAUGUGCCUAGGUCCAAGAUCCGGUGGCAUUGAGACCUAGGCAGGCACCGGCCCUAAAGGGCCCCGCAAAUUAUGCUGACACUGCUCUAAUAAUCUUGACACUUCAAGUAGUUUACUAACAGCCUUGAUGACGUCAUGUCAUGGCGACACUCGUUUCGCACAUUUGUAAAACAGAUUAUAAAAGUCCAAACUUUGAAUUGAAUUUAUGAACUGAAAGUUGAAACUACUAUUUUUCGAUUGCUUAUUGAUUAAACUGUCUUAUAUAUGUAUUUAUGGACUUUUCUCUCCUCGGAAAGCAUGUAAAGCCGUUGGCCCUGCGUCUGAUACCUCUCCGGUUAUGUCGGAUCGCCGUCUCACCGUAUUAUGAAAGUGAAAGAAUAGAGAGUGUAUAUACCUGUGUAUUGCACAGACACUUGUGCAUUAUAAUAUCUCCUGCGUACUUGGCUGAUCUCCGUUGCGAUUCGCCGCCGUGGCCGAAAAUUCGGCUAGGAGGAUUUAUUAAUACAAUGAGCCAACCUAAAAAUAUAGACAAAUGUUAUCAUAGAUUACCACGAAUACGACCAAGGGAACCGAGCUAGACGAGUACCUACGAACCAAUACAUAAUAAUUCCAUGGUAUGAUCAAGAUAUGAACGCCUUCGUAAUAAUAUGAACUUUGCCUGUACCUACUAGACAUUUACCUAUUUGGCCGUUUACGCGAAAUCCUCUUCGCUUCACGUUAACGUCCGUUCUAUAAGAAGAAUUGCGAGUGACACUGUCACGUGUUGUGAUACAAUGUCACAUGCGAGAACAACAGCAUUUAUUAUAAAUACUACUGAAAGCCAAGUGCUGUGUCGAGUGCUGUCGCGCGAGCCGAGCCCGAGGGACGGGCGCCGGUCGUGAUGAGGCGUGCCUUGGCAGCGCUGUUGUGUUGCGCUUUGUUUCUCGCCGCGGCACAUCCCGACGACAAUGACAGCCGCAGCGGCGCGGCGGAGCCGGCCGAGUCCGCGCCCGCCGACCGACGCGACGCCGCUGACUACGACUCCAACGCCGACGACGACGGAGACUCUGCGCCCUUCACGCUAGUGGUGGAGCAUGCGGACGGGUGGCGCUGUAGCGCUUCGCUAGUGUCACUUCGCACCGCCGUCACCUCGGCCAAAUGUGCGCGAGGCAUCUCUCCUGAGACCACCUCGUCCCCCGCGCCCCUCGCCGCAUCCCCCGCAGACCUGUGGGUGCACGCGCCUCCCGCCGCUGCGCCGCACUCUUCCCGCCGCGUGGCGCGCAUCGCCUUCGCCGCCGAAAGUGAGACGGCGGAGGGCCCGGCGCUGAGCGAGGCGGACGUGGCGGUGCUGGAGCUGGAGGCGGCUCUGGGCGGCGGGGCGCGUGCCAUCCUCAUGGCGACGAACGGCGCGGAGUGCGGGCCGCCCGGCGCGUGUCACGUGGUGCGCGCGCAGCGGCGCGGCCACGGCGCGCGCUCGCGCCUGCGCAUCGUGGACGAGGCGCUCGUGCCCACCGACGCAUGUGCCGUGCUACUGCCGCGCGCCGCCGCCACGCGCCGCCACAUGUUGUGUUUGCGCGGGGAUGUGCUGUGUCCGAGCGAGUGGGGUGCGGGCGUGGUGUGCGAGGGCAAGCUGUGCGGCGUGCUGAGCGGCUCGGCGUGGGAGCACGAGCCGGGCCGCGCCGAGCGCUGCGGCGCGCUGCACGCCGCCGCCGCAGCGCCGCGCUGGCGCCGCUUCCUGCACUGCGCGCACACGCCCCGCGCAUGCGCACGUGGCGGCGAGUGCGCACACCUCUGCUCGGAGCGGUUGUUGUUGGAGGACGAGCCGCCGCCGAGCGAGUCCGCCGCACCCCCCGCGCGCGCCGCACCGCCCGCACCCGCCGCGCCCGACUACAGCGACGCCGCCUCCACUGAGGCCCCACCCGCCGCGCCUCAUCGCACCCCCGAUGUUACCGGUACACCGUCAAGAGGUACGGCGCAGAGUGCGUCCCCCCGCCGCGCCGCCCCCGCUCCCACGCGCACCGCGCCGCGCCCGCCCGCGACACCCGCGCCUGCCAUCUCCCCGCCGUCCGUCCGACCCGCGGCCGAGUUCGAACCAAACAGACCUGACUUCAAGGGCGCGCCGACGCGAACUUCACGCGUGUACUUGAAGGCGGGCGAGUACGGCGACAACGCGGCCGAGUACGGCGGCGACGAGCCCGCGUCCGCGCCGCCGCCGCGCCCCGCGCCCGCGAGCGCCGCGCCCCCCGCGCGCUCCUCGCCCGCCCGCCGCGCGCCCGCGCCGCGCAGCGAGCUGUCGGCGCGCGUGUCGCAGGACGUGGCGCAGCACUCGGCGAGCCGCCCCGCUACAUGUUCCUCGUUACUGCUGCUGCUCGUGUACUUUUCAAUAUAG